AUGUCCUCCGGGAAGGAUUUCCACCAUUUCGAAGAAGCCGACAUCAGCGGAUACGAUGUAAUUCUGGGUAUGCCAUGGUUGCAAGCUGCGAACCCCGACAUUGACUGGGUGCGAAGAUGCUGGACCUAUAGGAAAGCGUCAAAUAUCAGCCACGUGCACCUAGAUACCGCUAAGGAAUUUGCAACUUUAAUGGACGACAGCAACAUUAUAUUCGCCGCCUUUCCAUUGCGAGCUGCGCACGCAGCGACUGAGCCAAAUAUCCCGGAUGAUUAUAAGGAUUAUCUUGAUGUAUUCCGAGAAGAUAUACCUGACGCGGAACACGCACCCCACGAUCAUGCCAUAGAUCUCAAACCUGGCAAGGAACCACCGUACCGACCGAUAUAUAACCUGUCACCUCAAGAACUCUCCGUCCUCCGAGAAUAUAUCGAAAAGGCAUUAGAGAAGAAUUGGAUACGCCCGUCCAAGAGCCCAGCCGGUGCGCCAGUAUUAUUCGCACCGAAGAAAGACGGAACCCUGCGUCUUUGCGUAGAUUAUCGAGGGUUGAACGAAAUAACAGUCAAGAAUCGGUAUCCGCUGCCCCUGAUAAGUGAAAUACUCGAUAGAUUAGCAGGUGCCAAAUUAUACACGCAAUUGGAUCUUAGGGACGCGUAUCAUAGAAUCCGCAUACGAGCGGGGGAUGAAUGGAAAACGGCGUUUCGAACACGAUACGGACACUUUGAGUAUCUGGUUUUACCCUUUGGGCUAACCAACGCCCCUGCGACUUUCCAAUCUUAUAUCAACAAAGCCCUCAGUGAUAUUUUGGAUGUAUAUUGCGUGGCUUAUCUUGACGAUAUCGUAAUCUAUUCGAAUACGCUUGACGAACACGUCGCCCAUGUUAAGAAUGUGCUGGAACGUUUAAGGCGAUGGAGACUAUAUGUGAAACUUAGUAAGUGUACGUUCCAUGCAACAGAAAUUGGAUUUCUGGGUUUUGUGAUUACCACGCAGGGCAUCACUGUCGAAAAACGCCGCGUCGAUACGAUCCUAGAUUGGCCUGAACCGCGAACAAUAAACGAGCUGCAAACAUUCCUAGGAUUCGCCAACUUCUACCGACGAUUCAUAUACAAGUUCUCGAUAAUAACGGCACCCCUGACUGAGUUGCUAAAAGGAUACGAAACAAAAAAGGGGAAGAACAACGCACCUGUCCAACUGAACGAGAACUGCAAGCACGCAAUACUGCAGUUAAAAGAAUGCUUUACAAAAGCACCGUUAAAUGUUGCCGAUUGUAGAAGCUUUCAGGCAAUGGCGCCACUACCUACAUGGUAG